CAUUUGUAUUGGAUGGCGUGUGGUAUCAACGUUUCCACAGAUGCUUUGUCUCAUUACACGCUGCACACACAGAUGUGCGUCUCCUGUCUGCAUGGGCGUACACGCGUGUGUGGGUGUCUGUCUUGGUCUCAUCCUGGGAUCUCCCAUCCCUCCCUCCCCUCCCCUUAGCGUACGUCCCUCAUCCCUCAUCCGCCCUCUAAUUGUCGCACACACUUGACGCACUCGCCUCUCUCACUCUCGCGUGGAUCGCUCUCUGUCUUUCUGCCUGUUUGUGUGCAGAUGAAGGGCACACACACAGACACAGACACAGACACUGACGCAAAGGCAGAGGCAAACGUAAUAGCUACCCACAGACGGACGGAUGCCCCUCUUCCCUCUUAUCUACGUCACUCAAAUGGCCAGCCAGCGGCAGCUUGGCUGAAACACAGCUCUACCUCUAUGCUCACUGGCAGCACAACACAUCACAACACACGGCACGCACAUGUGACAAAGUUCUCCUGGCAAAUAUCUGCCUGGGCGGCAUCAUCGGGCCAGGGAGGGGCAGGGAAAGGGGGGAGGGGGUGGGGUGGGAUGGGUGAGGGGGGCGGUCCAUCACGUCAUAUGUAUCGGCAAAAACCGAGCGACACGACACGACACGACACAAGAAAAGAACUGAUUGAUGGAUGAAUGGAUAGAUGGAUAGCAGGUUCGUGAUGUUGACAGGUUAACAGGUUAAGGGGCAAACAGCCCUCCCACACGACACGCACACGCACACACACACACACAAACAUGCCGAGGAAAAGACGAUAUCAGCAGCCAGGCACACCACAGGACGAAAGCAACGCAUUUCACCGAUUGAAACGAUCCGCAUAGCCAGAGACAGGCUCGUGCGAGAUCCGACAGAUGGAUGGAUGGAUGGAUGGCAUGGGAAAACUCCCUCCCCGAGACGCCCGUCUGCCUAAACGACUAGAGCGGCUCAAGGGGAGGGGAACAGCUAUGCGGGUCCGCAUGGCAAACAUGGCCCCAGAUGAUGUGCCUGUGGCGGGUGUGGAUGGAGGUGCGGACCCACCCACCCACUCACGUACGGAUGCAAAAGCCCACAUGCACAAAUCACGCACCACAAUACGGCACAAAGAGGGAGAGGAGAGCUGCCUUUCCUUCAGAUGCGGGCGGCGUGCACGGAUGAAGUAAUGAGUGGAUUAGCCGACAAAAUGAGAGAUAGAGGUACGGAGGGAGGAAUAGACGACACGCACGCGUAAGCACGUCGCGUAGAAACGGGGAAAGCUGCGCUUCCGGCUGUGCAAUGGCCGUGGUGUGGUGUGGUGUGGUGUGGACGGACUAUUACCCUAUCGACUAUAUGUAAUGUACGCUGGUUGGUCAGAUGAUCGUCACCCGAUGCAGGCAGACACACGACACCGCUAUGCCCGCCCACAUACAUCGGAAAAUACGCACAAUACACACACACGUACACAGAGAGAGGCACGCAGACAGACAGGCAAAGAGACAGCCAGCCAGCCAGCCAGCCAGACGGGCAGACGGGCAGGGAGGUGAGUACACACUCGGACAAAUACGUACAUGUACAUGCUUACGUCGACGUACGCGUAUACGUAUAUACAUACAUACAUAUAUACACACGUACACACGUACACACAUGCACACGUGCGCACACACAUGCACACGUGCACACACACAUGCACACGUGCACACAUACAUACAUACAUACACAUACCAUACAUACAUACAUACACAUACCCACGUGUGUGGGUGCAUACAUACAUACAUACAUACAAAUACCCACGUGUGUGGGUGCAGAGAUGUGGCUAUCAAUGGGUAUAUCCCGUCCGGCCGGCCGUCCCAUGUUCCACAUGGCUGCAUGCGCACACACUUACCUGCCUGGCUGCCUGACUGCCUGACUGUACACAAACAAAGGCCUUUCUGUAGACAACAAGCGAGAAAGUGAGAGUUGGUUAGGUUGGGUUAGAGCGGCAGCCGGCCUGUACACGAGAGAAGAAGAAAAGAGUACCUGGAACCUAGCCCCUCCCCCUCCCGCCACAAGAUGGUGCGUGAAAAGACUGCCUCUCAGUAAGAAACCGCCACUGCAUGUGUGUGCCUGUGUGUCUGCCUGUCUGUUAUGUGUGGCGCACAGAAACGCCUGUCAUACAUAAGAUGGAGAGAGAUACCCAGCGUGGCCCAGCAGGCAUGGAUGGAUGGAUGGAUAUCAAGAGAAGAGAAAGGAUAGAAGGACGGAAGAAAGAAAAAGACCAUAUGACCACAAAUGCGUACAUGAAGUGAGUACGCACAGGGAUUGAGCGACACAUACACAUAAAAACACCACCCUGUAGGCCCCCGGCACCCACAGUCCACGCGCGUCGGUCAUCCAUCCAGCCAGCCAGAAGGACAUUCCCCCCACCCAGCCCCAAGUCCCAUCAUCAUGACAAUGUACGCAACAAUCCAUGUAUGUAUCCACAUAUCCGCGCAUUCAUAAGGAGUGAGUGAGUGAGUGAGUCAGUGAGUGAAUCACUGACUUCCCCGUCUGCCGCGGCCGCCCGUGCCCCCCCUGCUGGGGCCGCCCCCACGAUUGCGAUUGCGAUUGCCCGAAUGCUGCCUCGUGCGACCAUCCCCACUGCCGGCACCGAGUGACCUGACGCCAUAGAUGACCAGGCUGUCCCUCGUCGUAUCGACGGCUUCACCCCCGCCACGCAGCUGCCGCCCUCUGCGAUGCGGUCUCCUGUGCUCGCCGCCCCCGUCAAAGGUGUGCGAGGCGAUUAGGGCUUGCCGGGCGUCCGUGAGGCGGUAUCCCCAUCUCGUGAGGUUGAGCGUGUAGCCGCCUGUCAGCUGCAGCUCGUAGCGGCCGCCCGAGUACUCGACCAUGCUCUCGAUGCGGAACAGCAUCGAGAGGGCUGCUGCUUCUGCUGAUGGUGACGUUUUCGUCCCGGUGCCCAUGGUGGCCGUGGCGCGUUGGGUGUUGGUGCUGGUGUGUUGUGCCAUGGGUGCGCGUGGGAUAAGGAUGGUCUCGAGUCUCUCGAAGGCAUGGAGUGGGCGAGAGAGGAAAGCGGUGACGCUCAGGAGUGCGGGGGAGCCGGGGUGGGCUGACGAGAGGGGGGAGAGGGAGAGGGAGAGGGGCGAGGAGUGCACCAGCAAACGAGUGGCUGAUACACAUAGACGGACAAUCAGACAAGCACACAGACAGAUCCACCCACAAGCCGCCAGGCACACGCACCAGAGUCAUCGGUGAUUCAUCACGCCUGUCUCCCCUCCCAAGCCAUGUGUUCGUGAGUCCCCCUGUGCGCGUACCGAUGAGGACAGCGCAGACGAGUGUGGCGGUGAGUACGAUGGACAGGGCAGACAGCGCCAUCACAGCAGCCUUCAAGUAGAGCGUCUCUCGCUGCAGGCGUGCAGCUGAGGCCGUGCUGGCGGGGCGGUCCACACUGGAAAUGGUGUGUGUGGUCGGCAGGGACUCUGCCACAUCAGGCAGUUGCUGGGACGCACGAGCCAUAACAGACCUUGGCAAGGGCGGCUCGGACAGGGCCGUAUCCAUCAUCUCGUGCGCUCUCCCGGGGAAGGAGGA